CCCAGACACCAAGGUCUCUCUUUGCGUGUGAGUGGCCCUGGGGAAUAGCCUCGCCUGGUUUCUUCGUGGUCCCCGGUUUGCUCCCAGGCUGGGUGAUGAACCUCUCCUCUUGCCACCGGCUGGUGGACCUCGGGCACCCGGACCUCAUCCUGCAGCAUUACAACUACACGGGCCGCCUGGAGUUUCGGGGACCACCUGAAGAGGGCCUGGGCUGGCUUCGCACCCUCUUCGUGGCUGUCAGCUGUCUGAUCAUCCUGGAGAACCUGCUGGUCCUGGUGGCCAUCAUCAGUCACAUGCGCACUCGCCGCUGGGUCUACUACUGCAUCAUCAACAUCACCCUGAGCGACCUCCUCACAGGCGUGGCCUACCUGACCAACAUCGUCCUGUCCGGGAGACGGACUUUCCACCUGACCCCCACCCACUGGCUCCUUCGGGAGGGGGUGCUCUUCAUGGCCCUGGCGGCGUCCACCUUCGGCCUCCUCUUCACCGCUGUGGAGCGGUUUGCCACCAUGAUGCAUCUCAUGGUGGCGCGCAGCGGCAGCGGCGUGGUCCGUGUAUACGGCUUCAUCGGCCUCUGCUGGCUCCUGGCUUUGCUGCUGGGUCUGCUCCCUCUGCUUGGCUGGAACUGCAUCUGCGACUUCUCCAACUGUUCCAGUCUGUUGCCCCUUUACUCCAAGUGGUACAUCCUCUUCUGUGUCGUCAUCUUCGCCUUGAUUCUGGCCUCCAUCAUGCUGCUCUACGGCGCCAUCUUCCGCCUGGUCCGCGCCACUGGACAGAAGGUCCCGCGAGGCCAUGCCCAUUGCAAGGCCCAGCGCCUCCUGCAGAUGGUUAUGAUGAUCCUGGUGGCCUUUCUCCUCUGCUGGGGUCCGCUCUUCGGGCUGCUGUUGGCGGACAUCUUUGGCACCGCAGCCUGGGCCCAGGAGUACCUCCGGGGCAUGGAUUGGAUCUUGACCCUGGCGGUGCUCAACUCGGCCAUCAACCCUCUCAUCUACUCCUUCCGCAGCCGGGAGGUGCGCCGGGCGGUGUUGGGAUUCCUGUGCUGCGGCUGUCUGAAGUUGGGUGUUCGAGGGCCCGGGGGCUGCCUGGUCCGGGCCGUGGAGACCCAUUCCAUCUCUUCCACCGAAAGCUCCCUCCGGCCCCGGGACAGCCUUCGGACCUCCCGCUCUCUCAGCUUCCGGAUGCGUGAGCCUCUGUCCAGCGUGUCCAGUGUGCGAAGUGUCUGAGCCCGCUGGAAUCCCCUGCCCCCAGCCUCCAGGCCCAAAUCCCUCCUCUUUUGCUCUUGCCUUCUGACCGAGGCCCCCCUAAGGGAGGGCAGGUUGGGGGUGGGGCUUUGUGCCCUUUGCUGUGUGAACUAUUGGCUGAGGUUCCAGGAAUUGUCCCCCCCCCUUGCCUAGUUUCCUGCAAGGGAUUUUGGGCAAUGAUCUGGGGUAGGGGUCCUGGGCUUGAGGCCCGAUGUCUUGGGCAAAGAGGAUGUUACACCAUAGAGCCCGGCAGCCCCAGUGGGCACUGGCAGGAUGCCCAGGGCGAAGAUCUUCUACCUCUGGGUCUGAGGGAGAGGCUGCUUUGGUGGUCUGAGGCUCUUUGCCGGCAGCUGCCUCCCCCUCCACACCCCUAUGGACACCCUACCUUUCUGUUCUGGUUGACUAGGAAGGGUAAGGUUCUUAGGAUCACCCUAACCCCAUUCUUCCUUGGGUCAGGAUUGCUGAGGAGUGCAUGCAAUGCUGAGGCUGCUGGGCCAGGCAGAGUGGGCAGCUCACAGACUGAUGACUUGUUUUAGAGGGGACUUCAGAGAAGGUAGGGGGGCCACGGCAGUCAAUUAAGCUGCACGGGGAGCCCUGUGUACAUGGGCCCUGGAGAAUGGACUAAAUGUACUACAGUGGAAUUUGAAGCAUGAAUUGGAAAUGUGUGGGCAGAUAGGGGGAUUAGUCCUGGGAUAGGGUUUCCUUAGGGACAUAUCUGUGCUGUUGCAUGUGCAUAAGGCACUAGACAUUUGUGUAUGUGUGUAGAUCUCAGAGUCAACAGAGUUCCCCUAUGUGAUAGCACAUAGAGAGGUCAUCUUGUUCACCCCUUUGUCUCCAGAGCACUUAAAGUGUCUCUGAUGGAAGAGAUUGCUCACCCCUCUGUCUUCAGAAAUCUCUAGGGAAGGAGAUUCCAGUCUUCCUGUUAACUGAAGGUCUGAAUGUGGGCACGCAUGUAUUCGGACAUGUGUUAAGUGUGUGUGUAAGUUCAUUUUAAUUAACUUUAUAGGAUCACAGGGUUCAGAGCCCUGUGGGACUUCAGAGAUCAUGACCUGGGGCUUGUGAACCUAUUGUGUGUGGUUUUUUUCAAAUUUCGAUAACUGCAUUUCAACAUAGUUGGUUUCCUCUGUAAUCCUAUCUCUUUUG